UCUGCAAAACAAAGAGAGAGAGACAGUACAACAGUUCACCUCCCAAGCAAGUCUGUUGCUUUUCUGUGUAUCCGGAGAAACAUUUUUUAUAUUGUAACCCAGCCAUGCAGAACACUCUCAGCCAUCUUUGUGCUUUUCUUUAUAUUGGAGCGUUUUUAUGUACCACUGAAAGUAAAGCUGUGGAUUUUCAUGCAGAAAACAUAACUGAAUCCCUGACUGAGAAAAUUGAGUCAUUUAAAUUUCACCAAGAUGAAAUUGCCAAACUUGAAAGGACACACGUGAAUUUACUGGUUGUCUUAGCUCAGGAUAUGCUUGGCAUACUAAAAGGAAUACAAGAAAAAAUUUAUUUAGAUCUGGUAUCUCAUAGCAAUUGUUCCAUGCCACUGAUACCAAGAAACGGAGGCUUGGUGUUUGCUUAUCUUAGCGGUGUGUACUAUUGCAAACCAAUCUGCAAUCAGGGUUAUGACUUCUCUUUCCUGAGGCGGAGUCGACUAUAUGAAGAAUGUGGAAAGCACACAGGUUAUAGCUGGACAUCUCAGUAUACUUUUGGUGAAAGACUGGCAGAAUGCAUAGAAUCUCCAAAUGCUGUUAGUGGGGGUCCCACGGCAUAUUUCAAUGACGAUAAAUGCCAAAAUAUUGUCAGCAGUGCCAGGACUGAGCAACAAUACAUCGAAACAUUCCUACAGGAGCUCAAGGAGAAGCACAUUGAGAAUGAACAUAAUGACACAUUUGAUUUUGUUGUGUGUGGAAACUAAAUCGAGUAUUAUAAUAGAAAUGUGAGCUUAAUACUAGAAGAAAAACAGUAAUAUACACCAGCCAGCCAUUAUGUCAUAACUCAAAAAUGCCUAAAACAUCCUUUGCAGAUGGGGUGGUAUACAUGUAACAUAUUCAAAAUAUAAUAAUUGCAUGUAUACCUAAUUUCUUCCUCAUUAACCCUAUUUUCUCUACUUCAAUUGUUUUAAAGUAUAAAAAGCGUGAAUGCAGACAACAAAUUUAGCAAUUACUUCUAUAGAAGAUCAGCAGGUUUUACCUGCUGAAUUUUCAUGGUGGAAUUUGUGCUAUUUUUUCAAUUAGCAAAUCUCAAAAAUGUAAUUUUUUUUUAAAAAAAGUUUAAUAAAUAGAUCUCAAUGUAACUAAGUAGAAUGUUUAUUUUCUGUCACUGAAAAAGGACUGUUACAAUAAAUUCAUUUUCACCCCGUUA